UAUCCGUCGUCGUCUAUCCUCCGCGAUCUCAUUGGCCACUGUCUUGCCACGUCACCAAUCGAAUCGCCAUAGCCCCAUACUUCACAGUACUCUAGUCAGUAGUUUAGUGGUUAGCACCAUCCAUCUCAAUCACUCCACAACCACCAAUAUUCCGGCGACAUGGCAGCCACCGCCAUGGCCUCCUCCUUCUCCACUUCCAUGCAAACCCUCAAAUGCACCCGCCCCAAGCUCCUCACCCUCGUAAAAUCCAUCAAGACGUCGCAGCAGCUGCAAUCGCACUUUCUCGGGAUAGAAUCGUGCCUGUUGACCAGCAAACGGAGAGCGCACAGACUCGCGGCCGCGGUGGCGCAAGAAGAGGCGGCCGUGACGGACACGCCGCCGGUUGUGCCGGAUGAAGAGGAGGAAAGCGGCGGCGAUGAUCAGAGUAGUGGUGUGAAUUGUAAGCUCUACUUUGGGAAUUUGCCCUAUAAUUGUGACAGUGCGCAGCUCGCUGGGAUCGUUCAAGACUAUGGUAGCCCUGAGCUUGUUGAGGUUCUGUACGAUAGAGAAACUGGCAAAAGCAGAGGGUUUGCAUUCGUGACGAUGAGCUGUGUUGAAGAUUGCAACGCUGUCAUUGAAAAUCUCGACGGAAGAGUGUUUGGCGGUAGAACACUGAGGGUGAACUUCUCAGACAAGCCCAAGGCGAAGGAGCCUCUAUAUCCAGAAACCGAGUACAAACUUUUUGUUGGCAACUUAGCCUGGUCUGUCACAUCCGAAAUGCUAACAGAAAUGUUUGAAGCAUAUGGCAGUGUGGUUGGGGCGAGGGUUCUAUAUGAUGGGGAGACCGGAAGGUCCCGUGGCUAUGGCUUUGUUAGCUACGAAACCAGGGAGGAGAUGGAAAACGCGAUCACUUCUCUGAAUGGAGUGGAGCUGGAAGGAAGGGCGAUGCGCAUCAGCCAAGCACAGGGCAAGAAACAGUAGGGGCGAAUAGAAUUUUGUAAAGUUCUGAACUAAAAAGCAUUAAAUUACCAUUUGGUUUGCAGUAUGAAUGGGAAUUAUAGUGUUACUGGUGCUAGAAUACACAACACAUUUCUUGCACAGAAUCAAAUAGUUGUUUGAUGACCAUUUACAGGUGACUCUGUGGAAUUCAACUAUUUCUAUUGAUGCAAGGAUGUGCAGUGUUGCCUGGUAUGAUUUGAGCAAACAAGUGAGAAUCUAACUCAAUAUGAAGAAGAUGAUGAUGAAAACCAUGUCAUAAGCAUUGUAAUGUGUCCCUGCCACCAUAGUCUUGGGAGACCAAGACUCAACUGGAUUAGUCUCAUCUUACUUCCUCUAUAAUAGUCUAAAAUUUUCACUGGAUUAGUGUCAUCUUACUCCUAUAAUAGUCCAAGAUUUCCACCUUACUCCUA